UCAGAGUCCUCCUGCACAAGAUGGUGCUCCUCUGUAACCUGGUCAUUCUUCUCAUGGCCAACCUCUUUCACAUGCCUGUGCAAUCUCUGAAUGACGAAGGCGUCGCCCUCCUGUCCUUGAAACAGUCCAUCCGUGAAGACCCCAGCAGGUUCCUCGAUAACUGGAGCUCGUCCGAUGGAACUCCGUGCGUGUGGAGUGGAGUCAAAUGCGUAGGAGACCGAGUCGUUUCUCUCAGCCUUUCAAAUAAGAAUCUCACUGGCUUCCUUCCUCCUAUCUUUGGAAACCUAUCGGCACUCCGGCAUAUCAAUCUCAGGAACAACCACCUCUCUGGAAGCUUGCCUGUCACGCUCUUCGAUGCGAAUGGGUUACAAAGCCUGAUGCUCUCGGGGAACUCGUUCUCCGGGGUGGUUCCUGAGGAACUUGGAAAGCUCGGUUCACUUCAGACCUUGGAUUUUUCCAGGAAUUCAUUCAACAGUUCAAUCCCAUUGUCGUUACUUCGGUGUGGGCGACUUAAAGUGGUCGAUUUGAGUCGGAAUGGAUUCUCAGGAUCCCUGCCUGAUGGGUUCGGGACUAGCUUAACUUGGCUCGAACUUCUCAAUCUUUCAUUUAACAAGUUCACUGGUUCCAUCCCCUGUGAUAUGGGAAAUUUAUCGAGCUUGCGAGGAACGCUAGAUUUGUCAAAUAACUUGUUCAGUGGCCCUAUCCCGGCAAACCUAGGAAACCUCCCUGAGGCUGUCUACAUUGAUCUUAGCCACAACAAUCUCAGCGGACCAAUACCGCAAAAUGGCGCUCUACUCGAUGCAGGGCCGACCGCUUUCAUCAAUAAUCCUCUGCUCUGCGGAGCACCACUCAAAUUGCCGUGUCCUCCCGACAUUCCCGAACCAAAUUCCUCUACAACUCCUCAUUUUCCAUCCCAGGCUUCGCCUGAUGGGCCUAAAAGAGGAAGUGCCAUGAGUAAAGGGGUCUUGAUCUCGAUAAUUGCGAGCUUCAUGGUCGGAAGCUGCUUUCUGGGGUGGUUAUUGUCCCACAUAUGUCGAAAGUACCAUGAUUGCAAGGUAUGUAACGCUAGUAGUAACAGCGUUAAUGAAGAGAAAGUGAUUUGUAGGAAGGAGCUCUUCUGCUUUGGAAAGGAGGCCGUCGACACUGUCUCGCAAAAGAUGGAGCAGUACAACUUCGUGGUGCUGGAUUCGCGGAUAAAUUUCGAUCUCGACAAACUCCUGAAGGCAUCUGCUUUCCUUUUGGGCAAGACAGGGACUGGAAUAGUUUACAAAGUUGUUCUUGAGGACGGGUCGACCUUAGCAGUCAGGAGACUGGGUGGAGAUUCUCAGAGGCUGAAGGAAUUCCAAACCGAGGUCGAAGCAAUAGCGAAGAUCAAGCACUCGAAUAUUGUGCCUCUCCGAGCUUAUUGCUGGUCUGGCGAUGAGAAGCUACUCAUAUACGACUUCAUACCCAAUGGUGACCUUUCUGCUGCGGUACACGGGAAGGCUGGGACGACAAAUCUAAUGCCGCUUUCAUGGAGCGCGCGCCUCAGGAUCAUGAAAGGAGUAGCAAAAGGCAUAGCCUAUCUUCAUGAGUUCAGUCCAAAAAGGUACGUCCAUGGAGACUUGAAGCCGAGCAAUGUACUGCUCGGGAAGAAUAUGGAGCCCUUCAUCUCUGAUUUUGGCAUCAGUCGACUCGCUAAUUUCACCGGAGAAUCUUCAAAGUUUCACCUUGAACAAGUAGUGGUGGGGACGCCGGAGCAGAGCUCUCCCUAUGAGUUCACGGCAAUAAACUCCACCGAGAAUUUGAGAUCCUAUUAUCAAGCGCCUGAAGCAUCCAAACCUACGAAGCCAUCACAGAAGUGGGAUGUCUACUCGUUCGGGAUGAUUUUACUCGAGAUGAUCACAGGGAAGAUGCCCAUAGUUGAAGUGGGGCCUCUUAGAUUCGAUCUAGUCCGAUGGGUGCAGAUGAGCGUCGAUGAGAGAAAUCCGAUUUCCAACAUUAUAGAUCCCAUCUUGCUUCCUGAUCUCGACAAGAAAGAAGAGAUGGCCACGGUGCUUCAGAUGGCUCUUGCUUGUGUUAACAAGAGCCCUGAAAGGAGACCUUCCAUGAGGCAUGUCUUGAACAAUAUGGACAAAUUGGACAUCUUCACCAAUCCUUAAUUGAGACAGACAUUACAGUUGUCAAUACAGCGGCGACAAGCAUUCAUCAUCCUUUAAUUGGAAGUCGGUUGUUACACAAGUUGUGCCUCUUCAGAGUUUACUACUGCAGAAACAGGUCUAGGGGUAGAAAGGCCUGGGCUGAUACAAUCAAAUAAGGCUCAGACAAUCAACCGAGGAUCGUCUUGCUCUCUUUAUCUCCCAUGGCAAAAUUUUCUUCACUCUUCAGGUUGCCUGAUGGCAAUUUUCUCACACCUCCCAUCCUUGCUUAUACAGUUCUAUGAUAAACACCGUUCAUUGGAUUCGACAUUUAUAUCAUGAUACUGCUGUACCUCCUUAUAGUUUCUGUAAAGGCCAUUGUUCCAAGUGGAAUCGAUGACAAUGUUCUUUUUUCAACCUAUUAAGCAAUGCAACGAUCCUAAUGGCAGUAGUGGACA